UGAGUGUGUGUGUGUGUGUGAGUGUGUGGGUGUCUCAGUGUGUCUCUGUCUCCUCCUCACCCUGACCGGCAGUAAUGCAGAGGAAGCACCGGAGCUAACGUCAGCCGUGUGUCUCCAGUGAGCCUCAGAUAUUAAAGUUAUAUUGUGAGCGUGUGCUGAGCUGGUCCUGGAGCUGCGGGGGAUGGUGUCUCCUCCUGAAGCCGGAUAAUCAGACGCAGAGGCCGGCGGCAGGGACGGCUAGCUGGCUGAAGUUUAGCCCAGGACCGCUGGGUGGGAUCUCGGCCUCCGUGCGGGAUUUUAACGGGAUAUUUGUGGACAUAUAUCGGUGGAUCGGUACCGGCUGUGGAGCCGCACUGUGCUGGCUGCUGGGUGCGCUCGGUCCUUGAUGCCCCGGAGGCCCGGAGGAUCUCAGACUGCGGAGCCCCGGAGCAGGGCUCGGAUACCCGGGGAAGCAGAGGAGGUAGGUCGGCUGUGGGGGAAACUACAUCUCGUGUCACCGUGUCGCUGUGUGACUCAGGAGUUUGUCCGUCUGUCUGAUUGGACCCCGGUGGACCACCAGCCCCUCCCAUCAUGAACCCUCUGAAUCAGAUGAAGGCUGGACUGGCCAACAACCCACACAGCGAGGGUUCGUACCCCUACGACCCCUCCAGCUGGCAGCAGCCCAACAACCAGCCCACAGGAUCCCUCUCCGUGGUAACCACCGUCUGGGGAGUGACCAAUCCCUCGGCCAGCCAGGGUAUGGGUGGAGGGGUGAUGGGGCCCGGGGCCAACCCAGGAGGGGGGCCCAUGAUGCAGGGCCCUGGGGGUCCGGGCAUGGCCGGUGGUCCCGGAGGCUACAUGGGUCAGCAGGGCUACGGAGAGCCCAGCAAAGGCUACAUGAACCAGGGCAUGUACGGCCGGACGACUGGGGGCUACGCUGGAGGACCAGGAGGCUACACUGGGAGUUACCCAUCAAACCCCGGCGGCUCCAGAGGUUCAGCUGACUUCACUCAGGCCGCUGCAGCCGCCGCCGUCGCUGCUGCCGCUGCCACGGCAACCGCCACGGCCACGGCAACUGUCGCCGCCAUCCAGGAGAAACAAAACCAGGAAAUGAACUAUGGACAGUUGGGAGGUCCGGCCUACAACAACCAGUUCAUGGCCCACUCUGGCCCCCGUGGCCCCCCUGGCAUGGCUCCUGGAGGUAUGGGCCCCGGGCCUGGACCCACCAGGGGUCCCCCCUCAAUGGGCCCCAUGUACGGCCCUGGUGGCGGCCCCCAGAGGGUCCCUCAGCACCCAAACUACGGCCCUGGACCACAGCAGGGCCACCUGAGGCCGCCACAGGGCCUCAAACGGCCCUACAACUCUGAGUCUUUCCCAGGAAUGUCUCAGCAGUACGGCGUUCCCGUCGGUCCCAGUGUGAACGUGAUGUCAGGUCCUGGUGGCGCCGGUGGUUCAAUCCCAGGGUCAGGCGGAGGCGGUCACGGCGGCCCCGGUCCGUACGCCGGCCCCAACAUGCAGUAUCAUCCAGGUCCUGGUGGUCCAGGUCCCGCCCCCCAGCGAUCAGGCUCCUCCCCCUCCUAUCAGACCCAUAAGAUGCCCCUCCCACAGUACCCCCCCUCUGGACCCCCCAACUCACAGUACUACAAGCAGGAGCAGUUUAACGGUCAGGGUGGAAGUUUGAACGCUCUGACAACGGGGGGCGCCGGUGGAGUCUACAACUCCUUCAACCAGCCGUCUGGGCCUGGUCGAGGGUUGCCAGGUUACCCCUCCUCGCCUGUUCCUGGAAACCCGACCCCUCCCAUCACCCCCAGCAGCUCCAUGGCCCCGCCCUACAUGUCGCCCGGCAACAGUGACGUCAAGCCGCCGCCCUCCUCUUUCCUGCCUGACAUCAAACCCAACAUGGGCGGACUGCCGCCGCCGCCUCCCACAGGUAACCCCAGCGAUGACCUGCGGCUGACCUUCCCAGUGCGUGACGGCGUGGUCCUGGAGCCCUUCAGAUUAGAGCACAACCUGGCGGUCAGCAACCACGUCUUCCAGCUGAGAGACUCUGUCUACAAAACACUCAUCAUGAGACCGGAUCUGGAGCUCCAGUUUAAGUGUUACCACCACGAAGAUCGACAGAUGAACACUAACUGGCCCGCCUCCGUCCAGGUGAGCGUGAACGCGACUCCUCUCACCAUCGAACGAGGCGACAACAAAACUUCCCACAAGCCUUUGUACCUGAAGCAGGUGUGUCAGCCGGGCAGGAACACCAUCCAGAUCACCGUCACCGCCUGCUGCUGCUCUCACCUGUUUGUCCUCCAGCUGGUUCAUCGUCCGUCGGUCCGUUCAGUGCUUCAGGGUCUGAUGAAGAAGAGGCUGCUGCCUGCCGAGCAUUGUGUCACUAAGAUAAAGAGGAACUUUAGCAGCGGUUCGAUCCCCGGGACUCCCGGGUUAAACGGAGAGGACGGCGUGGAGCAGACGGCCAUCAGAGUGUCGCUGAAAUGUCCCAUCACUUUCCGCCGCAUCCAGCUGCCCGCCAGAGGUCACGACUGCAGACAUAUACAGUGCUUUGAUCUGGAGUCGUACCUGCAGCUCAACUGUGAGAGAGGAACAUGGAGGUGUCCUGUGUGCAAUAAAACAGCUCUGUUAGAAGGUCUGGAGGUGGAUCAGUACAUGCUGGGAAUCCUCAUCUACGUUCAGAACUCCGAGUACGAGGAGAUCACCAUCGACCCAGUGUGCAGCUGGAAGCCGGUUCCUGUGAAGCCCGACAUCCACGUGAAGGAGGAGUCAGACGGCCCCGUGUUGAAGCGCUGCCGGACGCUCAGCCCGACUCACAUGGUCCUGCCCAGCGUCAUGGAGAUGAUCGCAUCACUAGGCCCCGCCCCCACCUCGGCCACCACCUCCUCCUCCUCCCCAAUGCCCUACCCUCCCGUAUCUGCAGGGGGCAGCAAUAACAGCAACACACCGGACUACCCAGGCCCAGCUCCGUCCUACCCCAGCAGUCAGUCUGCAGGCUUCUCAGACUUCAGUGGUCCUGGUACUCCUGGUGUGGGGGGGGACUUCUCCUCCCCCGGGCCCCCCCCCCUCUCCUACCAGUCUGAGCUCUCCAGCGCCCUCCUCACCCCCGACAAACCCCCCCCUCACCCGCUGGCUGGACAGAUGUCAGUCUCGGGCCGUCUGGACUCCACUUCCCAUGGUGCUCCUCUCUCCCAGCAGCAGUCGCAGGGUCUCCACGGCAACUCCCAAAUGGGGGGCGGCAACCAGAUGAUGCAGCGUAGCAACCAGAAUCCCCGUCUCCAAGGCGACAGCUCCUUCGCUCUCGGGGGGUCAUCGGAGGUUCCUGAACCUUCUCUGGACUUGCUCCCGGAGUUGACCAACCCGGACGAGUUGCUGUCGUACCUCGGACCUCCGGACCUCCCAAACAACAACAACGACGACCUGCUGUCGCUGUUUGAGAACAACUGAACACACACACACACACACACACACACACACACACACACACACACACACACACAGAACUUUACUGUAACAUACGAACUCUUUCUCUCCUCAACCGCCAACACGAGUGGUGGUCCAACAUGGCCGCCGCCGUCUGCACAGGAUGGAGUGGACAAUAUGAAAAAAAAUCAUCUUUUAAAUAUGAAAACUCUUUGAUGUGUGACGAUGAUGAUGGUAACUUUAUUUUAUUGUUUUUUUAUCUUUAAACUGUAUUUUGAUGCUUCAUCCUUCAUUCCCUGUCGGAGCCGACGGCCGCGCUGCUCACAGGAAGCUGCAGGCGAUUUAAAGAUGGCGACGACCACGCGGCUGCCGUGACGACAGCUGACUGUGACGUGUGGUCGAUUAAAUCCAGAAUGUUUGUUUCUGGUCCAAAUGAGUUUGAAACGACGAGCUUUAAGGAGCGUCUGUGUUCACAGACAGGAUGUGAAGGUUGACGCCGUUUACACUCAGCCACGAAUGAUGAGUUUAUUUCCCAGGAUUCAAAGUUUUAAACAGAACUGCAGAUGAUUCAUCAGAAGGUGACGUUUUGCUCUGAUCCUCUGAUGUUGUUCACGCGUGAGGUCACAUGGUCACAGUCAGUCCCUCAAGGAAGUCGUGAUCACAGUUUCAGCCAAUCGCUGUGAAUUCUGAGCGACUUAAUUUUGUCCAACUGCAGAUUUGACUCUUUAAAACAGGUCAAAUCUGAUUUUAUUGCAGAGCUGCGUGCAGCGUAUUGAUUCGCUCAGCCCCUCAGUGACAGAGCUAACUGUUAGCAUCACAAAGCUAACGUUACCAAACAGUUAUUAACGUGUUUAAAGACAGAGUCCAGCUUGACCUCACAAUUUUUAUUGCAAAACACGCCCAUAAACAUCACAACAUCCCAGCUGCCACCAGACAUCAAUAUAAAAUUAGAGAGGCGUUGGACUCUAACGUCGCACAGAUCUUGAAAACGUUCAUAUUUCACGUUGCGUGGAUGUUAACAAUAUGAUGUUUUGUUCUCAGCACCUCUCGACUAAAUCUCGUUAUUCUACGUCUGGACAUCGUAGACGUUUGGAAGAUGUUGGAUUUUGGUUACAACAAGACCUGAAACCAACAAAAUAUCAACGUCAUCUGCUGUUAGUAUUCUAUGUCAAACUGAUGUUGGAAGCAGACGUCAUCCUGACCUUGAACUUUGGUCACGUGACGUGACAACCUAAAUUUAACCAAAUAUCAGCGUCUGAUGGCGGCAGCGCGGAUGCUUCACAAUUUUUAUUUUGUUUUAGAAAAGCUGACAAAUGAGACAUGU